UGCACCUGGUUCAAUUUUCUCUCUUGUUCCUUAUCGGGGACUUAUGUUCCGUAGAAAAUGAAGUGUUUUUCUAUGUUCAUCAAGGAGAAACCUAAGAGUAAGAAAAGAGGAUCAAGAUCUGCUCCUGAGUUGAGGAACCAAAGUAACUCGGAUAAUCCAGCACUGAUUCGGACAACCAGAUCUAUGCCAUCUCCAAGGAGCAUACCAGAGUUGUAUAAAGAGACGGAGCAUAAUUUAAGAGUCUUCUCUUUACAAGAGUUGAAGGAUGCUACAAAGGGUUUCAAUAGGAUGCUUAAGAUCGGCGAGGGCGGCUUCGGGAGUGUUUAUAAGGGAACAAUUAGGCCUCUCGAUGAUCGAGGUGAUCCCAUUGUUGUUGCUGUUAAGAGGCUUAACACGCACGGUUUACAGGGUCAUAAGGAAUGGCUUGCGGAGAUUCAGUUUCUCAGCGUCGUUAGUCACCGGAACCUCGUAAAACUUUUAGGAUAUUGUUCGGUUGAACGCGAAAGAGGGACUCAAAGACUGCUGGUGUAUGAAUUCAUGCCUAAUCGGAGCUUAGAAGAUCAUCUUUUUAACACAACUUCCACGUUGCCUUGGAGAACAAGAUUAGAUGUCAUGCUUGGUGCGGCUGAAGGACUGGCUUAUCUACAUGAAGGAUUUGAAGUCAAGGUGAUAUAUCGAGAUUUCAAAUCCUCAAAUGUGCUCUUGGAUGAAAAUUUUAGGCCGAAGCUCUCGGACUUUGGUCUUGCAAGAGAAGGGCCAACAGGUGAUCGGACUCAUGUAUCAACGGCGGUGGUCGGAACUUACGGCUAUGCUGCGCCAGAGUAUGUAGAAACAGGCCAUCUCACAAUCCAAAGUGAUACAUGGACAUUCGGAGUGGUACUUUACGAAAUGCUCACGGGGAGGCGAACAGUUGAAAGAAACCGCCCCACGUCGGAGCAGAAGCUUCUAGACUGGGUUAAACGGUUUCCUCCCGAUAAUGGACGAUUCGGCAUGAUAAUGGAUCCUCGACUUAGAGGCAAUUAUUCACUCAGAGCAGCACAAAAAUUGGGAAAGUUGGCUAACAGUUGCCUAAACAAAAAUGCCAAAGAAAGACCAGCAAUGAGUCAAGUGGUAGAAAGUUUGAAGCAAGUAAUACAAGAAUCCGAGGACGCAAGUUCCUUGGUUGACAAGUCUUCCGGUAUGUCUUCCACUCGAAAGGGUGGCGGGCGAAGAUCGAAUAAGAUCAAUAUAAGAUGAUUCUGUUUUGAUAGGUUUUGAAGGUUUGAACUAUGAGUUUCUGGAUGUCCCAUGUUUUCCUUUGAGCUGUGCAGCUUAAGGUUUUUAAGAGAGAGUUUAAAGAUCAAAGGAUGCCCGGAAGACAUUUGGUCUUUGCAUUACUCUUUUUCUUUUACUUUUUAUAAUACAAUUCGUGGAUAGAACUUGGAAGAGUCGGUACCAGAAAUGGCGA